AUGUCCUCAUCCAACCCAAUCCCUGAACCACGCUCCAACCAGAAAUCGGAGACUAUAGCCAUGGGUGUCACCGACACCACGCAACAAUCCUUCAACCGAGCCCAAGAGCUCAAGCAAUUUGAAGAAUCCAAGCUCGGCGUCAAAGGUCUCGUCGACUCCAGCCUCACCUCCCUCCCACCCCUCUUUGUCCACCCGCCCGAGACUCUCUCCACCCUCAAGCCUGCCCGCCCCAAGCCCGACUCCAUCCCCACCAUUGACCUCUCCUGUUGUGACUCCUUCCGACAGCCCUCCAUCGUCGCAGAAGUGGGGCGUGCAGCUCGCGAGCUUGGCUUCUUCCAGGUGGUCAACCACGGCGUGCCAACGGAGGUCCUGGACCGCACAAUCGCGGCGAUGAAGGCUUUCCAUGAGCAGCCGAUAGAGGCGAAGGCAAGGAUCUACCGAAGGGAGAUGGAGACCAGCGUGUCAUUCUUCUCCAACUUCAACUUGUUCCACUCCAAAGCAGCUAGCUGGAGGUCAGCCUCGAACCACUUCAAUUGA